UCGGCACCACUCGGCUAUACUGUUUUGUAACGUCGAAACCAUGCUCCUCACACAUGAAGGGCAAGCAGGCAGCUAACUGCACAAGUCUGGUCUUGGUUUAGAUACAGCACUUAAGACUACUAUACCACUACCAAGACUACCAAUAUGCGCACUGAGGAUAUUUUGUCACAAUAUCUGCCCAGCUAACGCUACCGAAGUCUUUUUCAGAUCAGGGAUGCAUAUUGCGGAUUUUGUAGCUGGAUCUAUUGGAGGUGGAUUUGGAGUUGCUGUUGGAUACCCCCUGGACACAGUAAAGGUCAGAAUCCAAACUCAGAAACAAUUCACUGGGAUAUGGCAGUGCGUCAUAGCAACAGGAACGAAGGAAGGGGUGCACGGCUUCUACAAGGGGAUGUCCCUGCCUGUUACCACGGUUUCUAUUACUUCUUCUGUGGUGUUUGGCACGUACAGGAACUGUCUCCAAUGUCUGAGCCAGCUGCGAGGAGGUCUUGGGACCCACAACACCAAACUUGACAUCUUUCUCUCUGGUCUGGCUGGGGGUGUGGCUCAGGUGACAGUGAUGUCCCCAGGUGACAUAGUGAAGGUGCGUCUGCAAUGCCAGACUGAGUCCAUGCGUGCUAGAGCCAACCUGCCCAAACCCAAGUACCGUGGUCCAGUUCACUGCCUUCUGACCAUCGCCAGAGAGGAGGGGGUUCUGGGACUCUACAGGGGAGCUCUUCCCCUUAUCUUCAGAGAUGGACCUUCCUUUGCCACUUACUUCCUGACCUACAGCAUGCUGUGUGAUUAUCUAACCCCUCCAGGGAAGAAUGGACCUGAGUGGACUGGUGUGAUGCUGGCUGGGGGCGUAGCCGGCAUGACCGGCUGGACUGUGGGUACACCCAUGGAUGUGAUCAAGGCCCGUCUACAGAUGGACGGCUCAAGGGAGACCAAGAGAUACAAGGGCUUCUUCCACUGCAUCGCUGAGACUGCCCGUGUGGAGGGCGGAGGGGUGUUCUUCAGGAGCCUGGGGAUCAACUGCCUGCGAGCCUUCCCUGUCAACAUGGUGGUGUUCGCUACAUACGAGCUCCUGGUCGGCGUCCUAAGGACCCCACCUGAUGCCGUGGAACCUAACCGCUUGGAUUUUUAAUGAGGGGAAUUACAGCUCUCUAUCUAUCUCUAUCUCUCUCUUCUGGUGUUCAUUGGUUGCUUUUAGCAUGUGCAGCAUUAUCCUACAGUGUGAUGACCCUAUGAAGCCUCAGGAAAAAAACGAUUCAUGCUUACCCCCCUCUGGUGGCUACCUCUACUUCCCCACCUGUCCUGUCGCCAUGAGGAAGAGAGAGUGAAAGAGAGAACGAGAGAGUAGCCUAAAAGUUCAGCUGCUGAGGGGGAACAACGACUGUGUCCGUUAUCAGGCACAUAUUUUACUUGAAUGUGUAUUUUAUUUGUUCACAAUUUAUGAUAGUGCUGCGAAGCAUCAGGGAAACAUCAGAAACACUGUAGAGUAGUACUCUGGUGAGUUAAACAUACAGGAAAGAUGCACAGAUAAUGUGCAGAUACAAAGAUGAGCUAUAUUAGGGUUUCAUUUGUUUGAUUUUGAAAUAGGUGGUAGUGACAUCAUCUUCUCUGUUGGGGUGAUUCUUGUAUUUGUGGCCUGAACUAGCACUGUGGAUUAAUCUCAGGGGACCUCUGAUGUAAUUUAUUCUGCUAAUUGUGGAUAGUGUUACAACCUUAUGGUGGGCUGUACUCUCAAGGGCUGAGGGAUAGUUAAUAAGAUAAAUACUUCUGUCCGGAUUGCUAACAUGAGUACACAUGACUGGUGAGACUCGAGGUUUAAAUUAAGUGCUGGGUGUUUUUCGCACACUGAAAGUGUGUAAGUUUUCCGUCCUUAGAAAUAAGUGUAGCCAUUUUUGUGUAGGUGUACAUGUGCAGGAGGGUACGAUUUCAUAUCACUAAGUUGGUAUCAGUCGGCAACUGUUCUCUUUCUGAGGAUUUGGCCAAAGGCUGCUGUUUGCUUUGUGAGCCACCGGGGGGUGCUGUAGACCUCCAUGGGAGAAGAAGAGUCGCAACCACAACGCUAUUCAAAGUACCUUACAUUUACAUUAAAGCAUCGUGAGGCAAUAUCAAACACAUUUAAAUGCAAUUCAAAGAGUUAAAAAUGUAAAUAAAGCUAAAGUACAGUAUGUUCAGGAGAGAAUAAGUUACAGUGCCGUGUAAGAUAAUAAACACAACCUGACCUGCAGACUGGGAAUGUGUUCCAGAUAUGCGGUCUGUAAAAACUGAAAGUUGUCUCCAUCUUUAGUGUGGACUCUGGACACAGAAAGCCGAAGUGUUUCAGACGUUCUGACAGGCCAGGAUGGCUCAUAACGUAAUAGGAGAUCAGAAGUGAAUGUGGCCCUAAACCGCACUAAUUGAAAUGAAAAUAAGUGGACAGAUAAAAAGCAAGUGUAAAGACCUCAGAACUGCAGUGAUGUUUGGAAGACCAUAAAAGUAGCAGUGUUCUGAAUUGGCUGCAUCUGUCUCAUCUGGAUCAAAUCAAAAUUUAUUUGUAUAGCCCUUUUUACAAGCAAUGUCACAGAGGGCUUCACAUACACCCAAAGAACUGCACCUCAACCAACCUAAACCCUCAAGGAAGAUUAGGAAAAACUCCCAGAAAAACUCACAUCUGGAGGAUUUGGGUUUUUGGAAAGAUGUUACAGUUUAUCUUCCUAUAGUCUCGCAUUUAGUUCCUCAUCCAGUAGUAACAAGACGUACAAAGCGAUUUGAGAUAGGGUUAGGG